AUGUCGCCACAAGAAGUUGAAGGUUGGUGUUCCCUUGCAAGAGGAUGUUCAAAAGAGAAGCCAGUAUGCAGCCCUUGCGCGCAUAGCGGGUCGCCGUGUCACUAUUCGGGAAAAAUCGUUAGAUCACCUCUUACGAGAGCAUAUCUGACAAGUGUUGAAAAAAGAUUGCAUAGCCUAGAGAACCUUGUCGCUCAACUUUUGCCUGGCGUCAAUGUAGACGAUGUGCUUGCGUCACCUGAGCUUGCGAAGACCAGCCCAUCAUUUACCGGGCCUCGAACACCUGAAGUUUUGCAAAACGUUGUGACCCCAAACGCCCAAGAUGAUGCUUCCGAAAGCGACCCGGUUAUUCCUGAAGCUGUCCCAAAUAGUGCAGACGGUUUCAACUGGCAAGAAGAGAAUGUCGGCGUCAGCGGGUUGACAGACGGCAUGGCCGCACUCUCAGUGGAACCCACUGGUGUAGGCUACCUCGGGUCUACGUCUGGAGUUGUGUUCCUUCGGUGUUUGCUCGACUGGGCGGGUUUCCUACAUCAAUCCCGAGCUCAAACACAGGCACAACGACAGGAACCUGCAAAUCGGCUUAUGGGACUCCUUCCUUCAUCGCAGAUUUCACACGCUGCCAUUACGAACCAACUUGCAUCAACUCUCAUAGAUGCCUACUUUAACGAUUACCAUGGCUGCUAUCCUUUCGUACACGAGGCCACAUUUCGUGCUCAAUACCACGAGAUCGUUCCUCGCCCGCCUCAGAAAUCGUGGAACAUGCUUUAUCAUGCUAUUUUAGCGCUUGGAGCCUGGUGUCUGAACAACGAUCAGAUCGGCUUGCAAGAAUAUCUCUACCGUCGCGCCCUUACUCUUGGCCAACAUGAUUCUGUCUUUGAGACGGCAAAUCUUACGUCUAUUCAAGCACUGGUGCUGUUGAGUAAUCUGAGUCAGAAACGAAAUAGUCCAAACACGGGAUGGAACCUCUUAGGGCUUGCUGUCAGGAAUGCGCUCAGUCUGGCACUUCACAGAGAGCUCCCGCAUUGGAAUAUUAGUCUGAUGGAGCGUGAGGUUAGAAGACGAGUGUGGUGGAUGAUAUACAUCUUCGACAGCGGCGCUUCGAUAACCUUCGGGAGAGCGGUUAUGCUCCCAGACCAAGACUCAAUGAACGUACAUUCUGUCUUGAACAUUGACGACGAGUCUCUUACCCCAAAGACUGUCGAGCUUCCACCGGAAACAAACGAACCUACACUCUACUCUUCCUUGAGGGUACAAAGUGACCUACACAGGCAAACCAAUCAUAUUUCCAACCGCCUACUUGCGGACCCUGGGCUGUCUGCAGAAGCCGCUUUAUCCAUUAACGCUCAAAUGGACACUUGGGCUCAGACCUUACCUCUCUACUUCCAGCCAACAUAUGAAUCUCCUUGUAGAUACCGUUGGUUCUUGUUUGCCAGAUCUCGUAUCUGGUGGAGAUUCUGGAACCUCAAAAUCAUCGCUUUUCGGCAUAUCUUGUUGCGACGAGCCAUCUCUGAAAGAGGGCAAAUACCAGACCAAGUCGUCCAAGCUAAGCAAGAAGAAUGCCAAAGAAUAUGCAUCGAAGCCGCCCAUUCAACGAUUCUGUCGAUACAUCAGUACUCAAUGCAGGGUCUCACAAGAUUGGAGGGUUGGUAUGCUACUUACUUCCUCUUCCACGCAGCCCUGGUGAUUACCUUGUGUAUCAUCAGCUUUCCCCAGUCCAUCGAGAUGCAAAGUUGGUACGCAGAUGUCGAUUUGGCAAAGAAUACGUUCCGCGAGCAUCUCAUCGAAGACUCGCUAUCAGCACGCUGCGUCGCUAUUCUCGACCAAGUUGUUUCCAGCGACGACAUUGACUCUGGCCUGUUCCAGGACGUACAACUGGACCGUGAGGCCUUGAGUGCGUUCCCGUGGUCAAUUGAAUCAAACGAGUUGUUCAACUCAUUCGACUGGGACCUGACUUCCAGCGAGUACUGA